GUUAUAGCACGUUGGUCAAGCUCUGCAACACUGCAAAUUUGUGGUAUUUGCAAAACGCAAACUCGAUAUCGUGUCGGCAUUUACAGUAUACCACAUCGCUUGAUAUUUGCUGUCAGCUGUAGGCGUGUUACAACACAACGCGCAAAGUACUCGAGGUCACGGAGGACAGAACGCUGGGGACCCACUGCCGCAGCGCCGCCGUUGUAAACUCUCAGCGAGUUCCAGGCUUAAAUUAUCCAAUGAAGGCGAAGCUCCAUCGAAGCCAGCGCUGGAGAUACGGCGCGUGAAGCUCCUGCCUUCGUUGCACAGGCUGAGGGUGCUCACGAGCGCAACCUCUCUCCGGACCGGCAGCUAUGCCUGGAGGGCUGAAGAGACUGUUGGAGAAGCUCAAGGCGAAAACCAAACGAAAGCAAAAUGAGGAGCCUGAUCCUCCUGCGGGAGCUGUCGCGGCGGUUGCAGUUUACACCGCAGCCGCACCAGCAGUCACACCAGUGCGGUUCCCAUCCCAGCAUGCGGCUGCUGUGCUGCCAGGUUCACAUACCGCAGACCAAGCAGCAGCCGCUUCGGGGCUGCAAUCUGUAGCAGCGGCGCAGGGCCACGAAGAAACACCAGCAGCUACGGAGCUGCUGAUCGUCCCCGCGGUCACCUCUGCAUCUGGGACGCCACGGCUACACGGGCCAAGCGCCGUCGCUCGACACAGCUCGCCAGCCACCAAUGCAAUCUUUGAGCAGGCAGGAUCCAGGUCGGCGCCGACUGGUGCCGCAACUUCUUACGGCUUGCAAGCACCCCCGGUGGCGACAGGCCCCUGGGAUGUGAUCGCCGCUGAUGCCGCUGUGGACCGCGUCAGAGCGCAGCACUCUGACCCCCGCCACAGCGCCGUGGCGCAGCCAUCAGGCGAACGCAGCCAACCAUCCGCAUCUGGUCCCACGCCCAGCAGCACCAGCAGCAGCGGCCGCACUGGCGCCCCCGCCCAGGGCACAGGGCUUAGCGGCACGGAACCGGGGCCACAGGCUCCCCAUCAUGCAGCGGGGCUGCGGCUGGCCGCCACAAGCCGUCCUGGCGGCGCCCCUCUGGUUCCGGCCACCACAGCCCAGGGGCCGACAGGGGCUGCGUCCACUGCAGGCCGCCCUGCGGGGACGGGGGCCGAGGCGCGCGGCAGCCCCAGGGCGGGAGUGGCGAAGGGCAAUCCGAUGUUUGACAACGAACUGCGCCGUUCCAUGCUAUCGCAGUACGAGGCCUUUUACGCUGAGGAGGAGCAGGAAGAGGGAGGCUCCGGGCAAACAGCAGAGGGGAGUACCGGGGCCUCUGUUGGUCCGGCGGCUGCAGGCUUGACUCGCUCCAACCAUUCUCGGCCAGCGGCGGGGGAGUCGCAGCACCGCGCGCCACCGCAGGCGCGGCAUCACGGCCACCAUGGCCACCCGGGGCAUGCAUCAUCGCUGGCAGCGCUCAAUAGCGCCGCCGCGCAGCAGAUGAACGUCGCUGCCACGGCUGCCGCCGCUGCCGCUUUGGCGGCAACCAGGAGCGCCGCCGCUGCUGCAUCGGUGGCUGCAGCCCGAGCUGAAGCUGGCACUGGUUCCUCGCCUCGGGGACGUGCAGCCGUCGCAGCCUCCGGCCCGGGUGCGCUCAACUUUGCCCGCGACAGCGCCGGACGGGAUAGGGUCAACUUGCCGCUGCCGGUAGCCGGUGCCUCAGUGACUGGUGCUGCCGCAGACGGCCACAUGAGCGGGCCACGCCACGCCGGCGGUGUUGCAGUUGUUGACUCAAUUGACGACAUCCGAGCCAUCUUCGGCGUCGCCGGCGACGGCGCAGACAGCGACAGCAAUGACGAGGAGGAUGCCGGAAUCGGUAGUGGUGCGGCAGGACGGUCAUUCGGGGCAGCGGAGGGUGCGGAGGAUGAGGACGUGUACGCGUCGGGUCUUGUCCGUCACAAGUCCAGCAUUGUUGUGGGCCACCAUCCGGGGCGCCGCUCCAUUAGCAGCCUUACCGCGCGCGGCAGCAGCGGUGCCACUGCCGGGAGCGGAGCACAUGGCAGCGACACGUUGGCAGGCCUACAGGGAGCCACUGGCGUCGUCGGCGUGGUGCAUGGGGGCCAUUCCCACAGCGCCGCCGCAAGCGCGGCUGGCUGCCUGGAUGCACGCUCGCCGGCUGGGAGUAGCAUGACGGGUCUGAUCUCGGGUAGCGGAGCCGCCACAACGCAGCAGGCGACCAUGCACAGGCGGGCGCUGCGUCUGGCAGUGGCGAGCAGGUGGCGGGCGGCGCUGCAGGACGCGGGCAGGCAGGCAUCCGUGCCUUCCACACCGCUGGCGGCGUCUCCCGCUGGCGGCGCCACGCCAACCGGCGCCCGCUCCCGCCGCGUGUCGUCGUCAAGCGGCAACAAUGCCUCCGCAUCACAGCCAGGAACGCCGUCGUUCGCUGGAGGCUCCGCAACCGCGGCGCUCCUGAACCUGGCCGACGCGGCGGCGGCCCUGAUCGGGGCGGGUCGCAGCGUGUCAGGCGCCUCGCAGCCUGUGGUGGCAGCGCUGCGUGCAGAGGCGGCGGCGUACAACAGCAGCACCAGCGGAAGUGCAUACGGGCUGGGGCAGCUUGCCUCCACAACCACGGGGCGCCUCAGUCGCGCCUCCUCCGGCCGGGUGCUGUCCAUUCGCUACAGCAAUGUUGCGGGGGCCUUGACCGCGGGCGCCAUGCAGCAAGGCACUGGUGCUAUGGUCGGCGCCGGCGGUGCGGCAGCGGCUCCGUCGCUGUUGUGCACUGCCGACGGCGCCACCGCCAGUGCUGCUAUAGCAAUCACGAGCUCCGCCUACGGCCGCUCACAAUCAGGCCGCUCACAGGCGCCGCCCAUCUACGCCUGCCCCGGGCUUCGGUAUCGCCCCUCCUCGGUUGCAGACCAAGCCCGGAUGGCGGUAACGAGCGGCGGCGCGCUUGUCGCUGCCACCGCCGGCCACGACGGAUCAGCCGGCGCUGCGGUGCUGGCAGGGCCAGGCACCGGCACGGCGGCCAGCAACCCGAUGCUAUUGAUGGCUCAACCGGCAUCUCAGCGGCGGUCAGCUAGCAGCCUCCUAGCAGGCGGCGGCUCCGCGGCGCCUACUGCGCCAAGCACCGGCGUGACGACGGCCACAGGUGUGCCGCUGCUGUCCAUUUGCCGGAUGCCCUCUUCGCGUACGCUGACGGCAGCCGCCGGGAGCGCCAGUGGCUACACAGGCACAGCCCUGGCAACCGGCAUGUCACAGUCCACAGCAAUUAGCAGCAGCAGCGCUGCUGGCGUCCUGAACUUGGCUACAUUCGGCGCGGUUGCUGCGGGGGGGCUGAGCGCAGGGUCUACGCCGCUGCCGCCGCCGCUGUACCCCGGCAGUCAGCGUCGCCGCUCGUCCACAUCCGGCUCAGCACACGGUGGCACCGCGCCAUUCACAGGUCCCUAUGGCGUGCCCGUACUUCCUCCGAUCUCCGCAUCUGCGGCGAUCAUAAGCGGUGGACGCAUCCGGCGGUACUCAGCACACAGCGUUGACGCAGCUCCAAUGCCCCCAGCUGAUACUGGCGAGCAGCUUCCUGAGGACACCGAGGUGACUGCUUCCUCUCCAGGCAGGGAGGCGCGAGAGGGCGCCGUUAGGGAUGAUAAGCACGUGCGUUUUGUGGGCGCGGCCGACUUGUCGUCGCCUGCAGCAGCGGUUGGUGCAGUGGAGGGGCUGCUCCUGCUUCGCGCCUCGCCACCCAAGCCGCUGCGCCCCAUCCUCACAGCCCCAUUGCGCGCGCCGCCGCCAAGUGAGAGCGCAGCCGCGGCUGUGGCUGCAGCUGCUGCCUAUGUGGUUCCUGCUGAUCUAGUAGCGCAGGAGCAGCGGGACUUGGGACUGGGCACAAGUGAUGUUGCAGCUACAGAUGUCUUCCAAAGUUGCUGCCCAAGCCCAUCGGCCUCAACCUCGCCCACGCUUGUCACGGGAUCGUCAGUCAACGCACUCUCAUCAGCAGCGGGCUCUCCCGAGGAGCCUUGCGCGGUGCAGCCGGGUGUCAGUCUGCAUGACACAAGUCCCUUUGCAACGCUCGGGUCGCCUCCCGCGGAGGCCUGCGUGGAGCAUGUGCCAGCACCGCCCACAUCAGCUGGGCAAGCCAGGCCAGUGGUCGCAGAGGACUCCCAGCUAACUCGUGUCGAGGCUGCGCUCGUGGAGCAGCCUGCCAGUGGCUAUCAGCCGUCGGCCAUUCCUUCCGCGCACACUCGCGCUGAGGGCCUCGCGCCCGCCGUCAAGCCCCUGCUGGAGGCCGCAUGUGCGUUCGCUGUGGCGGCUGCGGCUGCAGCUGCGUGCCUGCAGCAGCCACUGACACCCAGGCGUCUCGGAUCCAGCCAGGCACAGCACGUGGCCUCUGGCGGCAGCGGUGCCGCAGCUGCUGGCGGUGCUUCCGCUCCCGUGCAGCCGGCAGUGUUUGUGGCCCUGGCCGCCGUGUCGUUGCUGACCACCGCCGCCUCCUGGCUAGCGCCCCCGAAAGGAGCCGCCUCACCUGCUGAAGGCCUGACUGGCUCGGUGCACAGGGUGGCCAGUGCGGCGCUGUCUACAGCCAUGCUGAUGCCAGCGCUGUUUGCGGCAACUCCGCUGCUGGGCCAAGCCUCAUUGGCAGGGGUUUUACUGCUGAGCUUUCUGGCCAUCACCGCCCUCGGCAGCGCCAUGCUCGUGACACUGCGCCACCGCAUGUCAUCUGCUACUGAGACUGAGGCUGCGAACCGGAGGGUGGCACUUCCGGCGCUGCUGGCUGCCCCUGCUGAUGUCAGCGGCAAGACCAAAGGCCGCGCGUCCUUCGAACGCCUGGCUCGGCUGUCGCAAGACCUGGGGCGCCAGCAGGAGCUGCUGCACGCACGUGUUGGUGGCACGGCGGCGGGCACGUACGCGGCGGCUCCGACACCCACUGCAGCCCUGCAGUGGUUGGCGCGGCAGCAGGCGGUGCUGUCUCAGGUCAAGCUGCGCAUGCUGGCCGCGCCGGAUGUGGCGGGCGUGGUCCGGAUGCUGUCGUGCCAUGUCGCUGAGUUGUACGACGGUUACGGCGCUUACCUGCUGAUGGCGCUGCCCGGUGAGACGGCCGAGGUGCUCGAGCACGACCCAUCCGACCCCGCGGCCGCCGCUGCGGCCGCCGCGGCGGCGGCCGAGCCGUCGCCUCCGAUGGCUGUGCUGGUUCCGCUGGUGCACUGCGCCGCGCUACGGCCGUGGCUGCUGCAGCCACCUGCUCCGCCGCGGCGCAGUGCCGCUGGCCACGGACUUGACGUUACAGAAUCUCAGGAGGGCGAUGCGCAUGAGGGCGACCGGCAGGACGCGGGCGAGCAGGACGCGGGUGGGCUGCUUGACCUUGAGGAGCUGCCCACCAUGCUUGCCUGUCUGGACGAGCGCGCAGCGGCGCUGUUCACUGAGAUCGACCACUGCUCUCCCGUUACCCCCCAAGCCCAGUGGCCGCCGGCAUGGGCACGUGACCUGGCUGCAGAGGAUGGUGACGGCGCAGGUGCCACGGCUGCGGCCGGUGUGGCGGCAGGUGGCUUGGGAGGCGGCGGGGUGGAGUCAGGGGAGCUGGAUGUGCUCGCAGCGGCGCGGCGGCAGCUGCUGCCGCAGCACGAGGACGCGGACACGCCCAGGGCGGCGCUGCCUAUCGGAGCUGCGCCGCCAAAUGACGGCAUGGCAGCCCGCGCCUCGUACUUUGCGCCUGCUCCGGCCUCGACUUCUGGCGUUUUGUACACCACAGACCUGGGGACAGCCUCAGCCGCCUCAUCCUCGCACGUGACAGACGCCGUCACAGCCUCGCUGCCGGUGCUGGCUGUGCGCAGCGAGGUGACAGCCGGCGACCUCAUCACCAGCGGCAUCCACGCCGCGCCGCUGGAACCCGUCCCGGAAGACCCUGCGGACUCCGGUGGAAAUCAGCGGGUGGGGCGGGCGUCGGCCUCAGACGCGGACCUUGAUCACCAGGAGCACGUAAACCUCCACGAGGAGGGUUCGCUGGCGGAUUCGGGAAUACUGAAGACCGCGGUUUCGGCGGAGGAGCUGCAGGUCCAGCUAGGGGAGACCGACGCACGGUGGCCGCUCAACAGCGGCGGAAGCGUCGCCGAGGCCCAGGCGGCAGCUGGGCUGGGCACCGCACAGCCGGAGGAGGAUGAGCUUGGGCUUGAGGUGGCAGUGCUUCCGGGCGAGGACCAGGCCGAGGCCAUCGCCGCUGCUGCGGCUGCUGCGUCGUUUGGACGACAGCAGUUGCUGCGGGAGGCGGGGCUGCCGGCGGAGAGCGACGCCGGCGGGGGCGACGUUGGCACGGGCCGGAUGGCGACGAUGGGCGAGGUGGGAGACGAGUGGGCGCCGCCCUACGAUGUGAUGCUGCUGGCGGCGCACCUCGGGGCUACCAGUCUAAUGGUGGCGCCCGUGCACUGCCUGGAGCACAGCUUCGGACUGCUAGUGGUGGCCAGGCCCUGCAGCGGCGAUGCUGGCGAGACAGGUGGUAUGGAGACGUGGUCGCCUGAGCGCGAGGCGCAGGCGCUGCAGCGUCAGGAGCUUGACGAGCGGCUGCUGGAGCUGAGCUGCUGCCUCGCCGAUGAGCUGGCGGCGGCGCUGUACCUGAAGCACGUGCAGGCUGAGCUGGCUGUGUCGGAGAUGCUGAUGGCCGACGUCAUGCCGCACGACGCCCUGCAGCUGCUCAAGCGCCGCUUCCAACGCACCCUGCACGCCACCGCAUCCUUCACAGCCGCCGGGGCCGCUGGCAGCAUGGUGGGCGGGAUAGCCGCGGCCGCUGUUGCUGGUGGCACGCCCGGCGGCGGCUCCAGUGCGAGUGGCGCGCCGGGCGCUGCGGGGGUGUUGUCGCCGGUGCUUGCACGCCUGGGCUCCUACGGACCCCUGGUGCGCACUGCAAGCGGCCCGCCGCCAUCCCACGCCGCGGCACCUGCUGGCGCCGCCGCCAGCGCGGGCCACGGUACUGAGUCGUACGAUGGCAACGCCCAAGAACAGGCCACUGGCGCCACGAGCGCUGAUGCAGCCGCGGCGCCGGCUGGCAUUGAUUCAGCGAGCCGUCGGCGGCUGCACCACCACCACCAGCCGCAGGCGCAGCCGCAGCAGCAGGCUUCGCCCUCCGCCUCGCAGCACUUGCGCAGCAGUCCCAGCACACCCUCGCUACCUCUCCACACCAUACCCUCUAGCUCUUCCCUGGGUGGCGGCCCUUCCUUCAUCGCCUCCCAGCUCUCCUCCUCCUACCUCGGUACUACCCUGCCAGGCGGCACCUCCUUCUCCCAAUUCUCCAGUUACGCUCCAUCCAUAACCGGCUCUGCGGCAGCCACAAUGGCAGGGCAGCGCACCAGCAAGCCCUCCUUCACACAGGUGGCAGGUAUGGGCCACAGCCACGGCCACAACAUGGUUGGCGGCGGCGGCGCGCCGGCGGUGCCGAACGCGUCAUCGCGCAGCCGCUAUUCGGUGCCCGGUGCAAUGGCGGCGGCAGCGGGCCAGUCGCUCUGGUCGCCGCCGCCGCCAGGCGUGCAUUCCCGUACCGUGCCGCCGUCGCCAGCUGGCUCGGCGUUUGCGCCGCCUGACGGGCUGCAGGGCGGCACCACCAGCACCAACACGCACGGUUCGGUCUCAACUGUCCUGGAGGCUACAAUCCUGUCACCGCAGGGCGCGCCAGUGCCGGCGUCAGCUUUGCAUGCUGGGGAGGGCCGCACAGGGGUUUGGUCAGCCGGCACCCGAGGCCCCAUGCUCCGCCACGGCGGCACGUCGGCGCGGAGCAUGCGGUCUCCGUGCCACCGGCCGCCGCCCGCGCCCUCGGCCUUCCUCAGUCUUGAUGGAACAGCCCCGACCGUGGCAGGUGAUGCCAGCGCCGACGCCGCCAUGCGCACAGAAACAUCCGCGACGUCGACCCUGGAGGUGGAAGCCGCAUUGCGGCAUCAGGCCGCCGCGCCAGGCACUGGUGGCGGCAGCGGCCGGGCGCUGCUGCACUCUUACUCCUCGCCCCUGCACGCCGGAGGCUUGGGGAGCGGGCUGGGGGCUGGCGCGGCCUGGGCUGGUCGGUCCAGUCGCUCGGGCUGGCAGCUGCGAAGCCGUGAGAUCAGCGCGGUAGCGGAGGAGACCGAGGGCAGGGAGGCCACCGAGGCUGGCGAGGAGGGUGCGGCUGCGGAGAGGCCGCAGGCGCCACGGCUUGAGCAGGCGGCUGGUGGGCAGGAUCACAGCGUGUCCCAGCGCGAGGCCCAAUAUCCCCACUCAGCCGCGCCACUGGCUGUGCCCGCCCAUGUGGGCACGGCUGUGGGCCCCAGCGUGUUUGCCCGCUGCAGCAGCCCCCCGACUGUGGAUAUGUCGGGUGGCAGCCUGCCGCACAGUAGCGGAGAGGUGGCUCGGCUGUUCGGCGCGCGCGGGGCCAAGCGACUGUUGGCAGGCCCCUUCGACUCCAACAGCGGCAGCCAGCAGCAGCUGAGCGGCCCGGCGGCAGCGGCGGCAGCGGCAGCAGUUGCCGGUGCCAUGCAUAACCUCGCGGGCGGCGGCAGCUCUGUCGACGCCACUGGCAGCGCCCGCGUCUCCAGCUCGGGCACGGCAGGCGAGCACAUGAGCCAGGUCAUGUGCUCCUCACGCGGCGCCCGCGCAGAAGCAGAUGAGGCUGCGGCAAUAGCAGCGGCAGUAGCAGCAGCGGAGGCGGAGCUGCGCGCAGGCGACUUUGCGGGAGACGCCGAGUGGGCAAUGGACGCAGCGGAGGCGGUGUUUCGCGGCAAUGACGACUGCACUGACGAGGCACUGGUCAGUGCCGAGGACCUGUGCUCGCGGCGCAGCAGCCUGGCAGUGCAGACGACGCCCUUGGGCGCGCCGGGCGUGAGGGUGCUGGUGCAUGCGGGCGCGGCAGCUGCCACCAGAGCCGAUGAAUCUGCAGGGACAGGAGCGAACUCGCCCAGCCGUCCCGACGGCCAGGCCAGGCCUUCUUCUGCUACGGCCGCCACCGCGGCUACUGCGGCUGCUGCGGCCACCUCCAUGGCUGCCAGUGCUACAGCCCAGGCAGCGGCCGCCAACAUCUACCGCCUGCCACAACUUCGGAUUGUGCCCGGCGGCCCGCCAAGCGGCAGCAGGCCGAUGGUGUGCACACCAUCCGCUCGUGCGCACUCCACCAACGCCGGCCUCUCAGCUGCCAUGGCUGCAGUGCAUGCGCUGCAAGGUGAGGUCAUGGCGCCAGUCAACCACGGCGCCGCCGCGGGCGGCCUCGGCCUCGGCUUCGCCCUCGGCCCCAUGCCCAUGGUUACCACGUCCAGCCGCCGUAUGAGUGCCAUCUACCUACCACACGCGUCCUCCGUCGGCGGCCCCGGCCCCGUCACCGCGGCUGUGGCAGCGCUGGCAGCUACAGCCGGCGAGCGCGGCUUCCAGAGCGGCAGUAGCAGGGAGGGCACGCCGCAGCCGCCCAGUGCCCGCCGCCAGGCGCGCCGCUCCAUCCACCUGCCCGCCGGCAUCGGUAGCCACAGCUACAGCGGCGUUGGCAACACGCCCCUGGCAGCCAUAGCUGCUUCCGGUGGAGGGGGCACGCUGUACCGCGAGAACAGCGGCUUGCUGCUGCAGCCGCCCACGGCGCCCAUCAGCUCCCACUCCCUCGCUGGCUUGGUGUCGCCGCCUCCGGCACAGCUGGACCGACGCACAUCCGCCACAAGCCGAUGGCAGCAGCUCGCGAACGCCGCCACUGCCUCCGCAGGCGUCGGCGUCGGCGGCUCGCACCACACCCACCAGCCCAGCAUGCUCCGCCGCAGCGCCACAGAGGCUCUGCGCAGCAUGGCUCAGUCUGGCGGCAGCUUCGGCGGUGGCUCUGCGCACGGCAGCGGAGGCGUGGCGGGAAGCAGCGGCACACUGCUGCCUGUCGGAUCCGUGGCCGCUGCGGCAGCAGGUGCAGUCGACUCGCCGCGCGGCAGCGGCGCGGGCCACUUGGGCCACAGCACAGCCGGUGCUGCAGGUGGAGGCGGGCCGGGGUCUACAACAUUGUACGGGAGCGCGAGCGGCAUGGCCAGCAGCGCCGCUGCUGGCAACGCUGCUGCGACCUUCGAGGUGCCGUACAAGCAGUGGCACUCGGCGGUGUCCGUGCUGUUUGCCGACAUUGUGGGCUACACCACGCUGGCUCGUGCGCUAGAUCCGGAGCAGGUCAUGGCCAUGCUGCACAGCCUCUUCAGCCGCUAUGACGAAAUGCUGGGACCCCUGGCGGUGUACAAGGUGGAGACCAUCGGCGACGCAUACAUGGCGGCCACGGGGCUGCUGCAUGAGACGCCCAGCCACGCGUCUGACCUGGUGGCGUUUGGUGUGGGCAUGAUCCGUGCCGCCGCCUGCGUGCGGGACCCGAGCACCGGACAGCCACUACGCAUCCGCGUCGGCAUCAACAGCGGCCCCGUGUGCUCCGGCAUCGUGGGGUCCUGCCGCGCCCGCUACUGUCUCUUCGGUGACACGGUGAACACUGCCAGCCGGAUGGAGUCAACAGGCGUGCCCGGGACCAUUCAGAUUACCGAAGACACGUACCUGGCCUUGCCUGAGGUGGCCCGCGUGCACUGGAGCAGUCGUGGCGAGGUUGAGGUCAAGGGCAAAGGGCUGAUGAAGACGUACAUCCUCAACGUCGAAGAGCUAGAGGUGGCAGCAGCUGCGGAGGCUGCAAGGCCUCAGGGAGAGGCGGCGGCGCCAUACCACCAGCAGCAUGCGGAAGAUGGGGCGCCGGCGCCACCCUCGGAGUCCGGCGAAGCUGGACCGCCAGCCUAAGGGAUGCUGCCUUGCUUGAAGUUGGUUAGGUCUCUACAACGCCAGGCCCAGUAGUAUGGCUGGCUCACGAGAUCGCUUCUGAUUGUCCCAACCAUUGUAUUACGUGUGAGCCACGGCUUUGGUGGCGGGCGGGCGGGCGUUGGACCAAAGAACUCAUAAUGUGGCGAGCUCUUGGCCCAAAAGCAUGAUGUGGGGUAUGCCAAAAGCAAACAUGCUUGCUGGGAUUGCAUGGACCGCUGCUGAUCAAGAAGGCCGCUGGAAUGCGGGUGUCUGCCUUACUUUUUCUGCCCAAAGAAGGAGGUUUGGUAUCCCAUUACGGACGGACAGCAAGCCAGACUCCCCGCCUGCGAGUAUGUUACGGCUCUGGGCGCUCGAGGGUCUCGAUGAAUCGGUUGCACGUUUCUGGUGAUGUGGUCCUGCUGUCAUCAACAUGGUCUCACAAUAGUGGUGGAUGGGUACCGUCUGUCUCACACAUGCAUACAGCCUCGCAAGAUUACCGCACGCACAGAUCAGGCGGUUUCGCGACCGCACAUUGCUGAUGCGAAUCCCAUCAUGGGUUAAAGUGUACAUACACAAUGCCAGCGUGACUUGCGGGUUGUGUCGUCACGAGCUUGAUUACAGGCGUGGUUACAUACGUGAGCGCAGGAAGCUCCAACAGAAGUACAUACCAGGGCUUGAGGUCGGCCGUUUACUGUAGAUACAAUGCCGUUUGCCUUGUCGUUUAGCGGUAGUUGGUGGUGGGGAUUGAGUACGCUGCUGGAGGACUCAGCCUAUGAGGCAGAGUACGGGGAAGAUGGAUUACGAGGGAAGUUGAAUUACAGCUGUGAGAAUGGCGGCUUUGUGCAAUGCAGCGAAGACCCAUUUGACUUGCAGAGAAGCAAACCAAAUGUGAUGGCCCUAUGGCUGUGCAUCUCUAUGUGAACGCACGGCGUGCAAGCAGCGGGGCUGCGCGAUAUCGGUGCUUGGCAACAAUGUGGGAGACGCAAUCGCGUGCCUGCACGCGGCGGGGGAGUGUGAUUCUUGGUUCCGGACGUGCGGCUGACACCCUGGUUGUAUUUAAAACCGCAUAUUAUAAUUUGUCAACGUGAGGGAGACGUGUUCCCCAUGGCGGCAUCUAUCGGGAGACACCAAGCGGAGGGGGGCCUUUGGCCAAUGCAACUCACAUGGGGUCGUGCAUAAUAAGUAUGGGCGCAUGGUUGUGCCGGGCGGAUUUUAUUCUUUAUCCAGUUCCCUCUCUCUGGCACGAGUAGUGCUGGGCAAUUUGUGUGCCUUUUAUCCUAAAUUCCUAACAAAAUGAGAGAGGGAGUGAAGGAGCCUAAUAAUUUUUGGUGUGGCGUGCAGUGGAGCUGGCUCACGUUCUUGAAUGGGCGGGGACUCAUUUGAUGUUGAAUCCUUAGUCCGAGACUCCACUUGACAAGCAAAGUUGGCUAUCCCUUUCAAGGGAAAAGUGGGGCGUGCCGCCACGCCACGUUGGUGCGUGUCUGAGCCGACGGUUCCAGAACUACCUUCAUCUCCCGGACAUAGCGGGGGUCGGUUUGUACACGCACCG